AGGUUCACUUACAGGUAAGCCACAACAGCCAAAUGCGUAUUCAUGGGUGCAGUUGUUUUUGUUUGCUGCCUCACUUCCUCCUUCCCCAGAGGGUUUUCAGUGUUGAGCCUAGGCCAGGAAGGAGAAACCGGCAAUAUGAGGUUCUUAAACAAAAGAUUAGCAUGUAGAGGUGGUAGAGUAAGGACUGUUUGUUUUGUUCUCAUCAGGAUCAAGUGGAAAGAAGCCUGUCCUUCAGCUGUCCUACUCCAAACAGGACUUGCACAAAGGCCUCCAGGGAGCGUUCCUGUCUUUAAUCACACACAGUUCAGAGGCGGUUAAUUGCUAGACUUCCACUGCAGAGACCAAAGAUGGAGUUAGUUAAAACCAUUCCCCCUUGUCCUAUCACUCUCCGCCCUCGUAAAACCUAUGGAAAGGAAGUACAGAUGCCUGAAGAUGACAGGAGCAAAAGAGAUACUACAGAGAAGAUCAUGGAUUGCUACAGGAAGUAUGCAGCUGUCACUUUGACCAUUUUGUCUGUAUUUCUGCAUCUUCUUCAUACUUUCCCAGAUGGAGAAUUUCUCAUGCAGGGUUGUCCAGAGUGCAAGCUAGGGGAGAACAGAUUCUUUUCAAAACCAGGAGCCCCCAUUUACCAGUGCACUGGAUGCUGUUUCUCCCGGGCCUAUCCCACUCCAAUGAGAUCCAAGAAGACCAUGCUUGUUCCAAAAAACAUUACAUCAGAAGCAACGUGCUGCGUAGCAAAGGCUUUCACCAAGAUUACCCUUAAGGACAAUGUGAAGAUAGAGAACCACACAGACUGUCACUGCAGUACCUGCUACUAUCAUAAAUCUUAAAGCCUGUCCCUUUGUUAAUGACCAAGGACAACGGUGAAUGGAAUAUUUGUUUUUCAGCUUUUAUAGCAACGCUGUGUAUAAUCUUGUGUUUUCUGGUCAAGACACCAAGUAGACUUUUGAAUGAGAUGGAUGGCUGUUUUAUUUCCUCCCUGCUUCUUCAUGCAUUUAAGUAAGUUUAACUAUUUCCAUUAGGGAUUAGAUGCAGCACUUGCAUGACAACCAUAACCUUGAUCUGUUUUUAAAAUAAACUGUCAGAUAAAUUGUCAAUGUUUCUUGAGGAAAAAUGAUGAUUUCAUAGCU